AUGCCGCCAGUCGCUUAUGAAGUUGCCUCCGCCGACGUCCACAAGGCCACCAAAUCACUGAUUCAUGGUCUUGUAAAUAUCAAGGACGAAACGGGCGAGUUCUUGCUCAAGCUCGAAGAUGGACGCGUGAUUGAUACCAAAGGAUGGCAGGGUUGGGAAUGGACUCAUGGAAUAGGUCUGUAUGGAUUGUGGAAAUACCACAUACUUACUGGAUCUGCCGAGCCUCUGACCAUCAUUGAGGAGUGGUUUGCGAAACGCUUUGAAGAAGGCGGAACCACCAAAAACAUCAAUACUGUGGCAUCGAUGCUCACUUUGGCAUUCGUGUACGAAAAAUAUGGAAACCAGACAUACCUUCCAUGGCUGGAGAGUUGGGCGGAAUGGGUCAUGUAUGAGCUUCCUCGGACGAAAUACGGUGGUCUUUCCCAUAUGACAUAUAACUCCAAGAACAGCGAGGAGCUCUGGGAUGAUACCCUCAUGAUGUCGGUGUUGCCUUUGGUCAAAAUCGGUCUGAUUCUCAAUCGACCGCAUUAUGUCGAAGAGGGCAAACGACAAUUCCUCCUCCAUAUCAAGUAUCUGGUAGAUACCAAGAGUGGGCUUUUCUACCAUGGAUGGACAUUCGCAGACGGCGGUCAUAACUUCGCGAAAGCUUUAUGGGCACGAGGAAACUCGUGGCUGACCAUUGCGAUUCCUGAACUGAUCGACUAUCUCAACCUACCUGCCAAUGAUGCUUUCCGGGUUCAUCUCCUCGACACCUUCGAAGCCCAAUGCCGCGCCCUUCUCACGUACCAAGAGGAGAAUGGACUCUGGAGAACACUGAUCGAUGUGCCACAAUCCGAAGGGUCGUAUCUCGAGAGUUCUGCAACUGCAGGAUUCGCGUACGGAAUGCUGAAAGGCCUGCGUAUGCGAUAUAUCCAGGGCAAUGAAUUCAGGGAUUCGGCUGUGAAAGCUAUCAAGGCAACUCUAGGAAAGGUUAGCCAGACUGGAGAGCUGGAUGAUACAUCAUUCGGCACUGGUAUGGGCCAUGACCUCCAGCACUACAAAGACAUCGCAAUCACAAGUAUGCCGUACGGACAGGCGAUGGCGAUUAUGGCAUUUGGCGAGUUCCUUCGUGUGUAUAUAUAA